AUGGAGAAAUCAGAAUUCAUUCAGCCUGUUCAAGUAUCACUUGAAAUAGAUGAAGAUGAUGAAACAGAUCGAGAUAUCUUUGAUAUCAAUGAAGCUUUAGGUCUCAAUCUCUUUGAGGGUGAUAUCAGACUUGAUAAUGGGCGUCCUGAACGGAACUCCAUCAUUGGUAAUCAGUAUCGAUGGCCCCACACCAUCCCAUAUGUCCUUGAGGACAGCCUAGAUAUGAAUGCAAAGGGGCUUAUCCUGAAAGCAUUUGAACGGUAUCGAUUAAAAACCUGUAUUGAUUUCAAACCUUGGGAAGGUGAAGCAAAUUACAUAUCAGUGUUCAAAGGGAGUGGAUGCUGGUCCUAUGUAGGAAAACGCCAAGGAGGAAGGCAAGAACUCUCCAUAGGAGCCAACUGCGACAGAAUUGCAACAAUUGAACAUGAAUUCCUUCAUGCACUGGGAUUUUGGCACGAGCAGUCACGAUCCGAUCGAGAUGAUUAUGUCACGAUAAUGCGAGACAGAAUUCAAGCUGGUAAAGAAAGUAAUUUCAACAAAUAUGAUGAUAAAACAUCAGACUUUCUUAAUAUCCCUUAUGACUAUAACUCAGUGAUGCACUACAGUAAAACUGCCUUCAUGAAUGGAACAGAACCAACCAUCGUCACAAACAUCCCAGCCUUCAUUGAUGUGAUUGGGCAGCGAAUUGAUUUUAGUGAAUAUGAUAUCCAGAAACUGAGUCGACUGUACAACUGCUCUUCCUCCUUAAGCUUUAUGGAUACGUGCAGCUUUGAACUUCCUAAUGUGUGUGGCAUGAUUCAAAAUACAGAGGAUAAUGCUGACUGGCAGCGCAUAACUCAAGUUUCUAGUGGACCUCAGACUGAUCAUACCUACACAGGAGUCUGCCAAGAAACUGGUUACUUUCUACAUUUUAAUACUAGCACUGGAAACCAGGGGGACCGAGCUGUUUUAGAGAGCCGUUUUCUGUACCCAAAGAGAGGAUUCCAGUGCCUGCAGUUCUUUUAUUAUAACAGUGGAAGUGAAACGGAUCAGCUGAAUAUUGGAGUCAAGGAGUACACAGUUGCAAAUCCCAAUGGUGCUUAUAGACAUAUAGAAACAAUACAAGGUUCACCUGUGAGCUACUGGGAGUUACAUCACAUUCCUUUAAAUAUGCCAAAUAAAUUCAGAGUGGUCUUUGAAGGCAUAAAAGGAUCCACCACAUCAAAUGGAGGCCUUUCCAUUGAUGAUAUCAACCUGUCUGAAACCCAAUGUCCUCACCAUGUUUGGCAUAUAAGAAAUUUCACUGAGCUUCUUGCUUCAAGCCCUUUAGGAGAGGCAGGAAGCUUAUAUAGCCCACCAUUUUACUCUCCUGAAGGGUAUGCAUUUCAGAUUGCCUUGUAUGUGAAUGGUACCACCAGUCCAUUUAAUUUAGCAAUAUAUUUGCACCUAAUCUCUGGGGCAAAUGAUAAUACUCUUCAAUGGCCCUGUCCAUGGAAACAGUUCACAAUGGUUCUUCUUGAUCAACAUCCAGAUAUCAGGCAACGUAUGUCAAAUCUAAGGAGCAUAACAACAGACCCAAAUGAAGUAGACUUCUCAGGCAAUUACUAUUGGGACAGACCAGAUAAAGUAGGAACAGAAGCCACCUUUCCAAAUGGCACUAAGUUCAUGAGAGGACCUAGAUCUGGAACAAGUGUCUUUUUAACACAUCAAAGGCUUAAAAGUCGUGACUUCAUUAAAGAUGAUAGUAUUUUCAUCCUUGCAACAGUGGAUGAUAUAUCUCAUUUAAUAUCAACGGAACCAAAUCUUACAGCCACCAGUGCGCCAACUACAAAUCAAGUGGCAACCACCACUACCUCCAUGGUUGAUGUGUGUAUAGACUAUGGCUGUAAGAAUAAUGGAACUUGCGUUAUUGUUGACAGAAAGCCUAUUUGCCGGUGUCCUGCUGAAGUGGACUGGUGGUACAUGGGAGAAAAAUGUGAAGAGAAGGGAACAAGACAAGAUAUUGCUGUAAUAGCAGUUGCCUCAUCUCUUUGUGUGUUUGGUGUCAUGUUGAUCAUCACUAUUGUAACUACUUGCUGCCUUAAAAAGAAAUAUAAGAAACAAAUGCAAGCCAAUAGAAGCCUGGAAUUAAAAAAUGCAACAUCGUUUUGAAGACAGUGAAACUAUGAAAAGUAAAACAGAAUCAGGUUGUGCUACUUGGA